GAUGAAUGAACAAUUGUCAAAAUCGUACAAUUGCCGGUCGGUACGGAGCUCGAAUAUUCUAGACAGACUUCUAGAUUAAAAAAUCGGCUCACAGUCAGUUUCUUCACUUGUUUCGAGGAAAACUUUGACAAAAGACAACAUGUCCAACGUAGUGAAGCGCCUUAUUCCCCUGCUCGACCGAGUUCUCAUCAAAAGGGCUGAAGCAGUAACCAAAACUGCUGGAGGCAUCGUAAUCCCUGAGAAGGCUCAGGGCAAAGUCCUGCACGGAGAAGUUGUGGCCGUAGGACCUGGUUCGAGAAAAGACAACGGUGACUUCAUUCCUGUACUAGUGAAAGUUGGCGACAAAGUUCUCCUUCCUGAAUACGGAGGUACCAAAGUGUCACUAGAAAACGACGAGAAGGAGUACCACCUAUUCCGAGAGAGCGACAUCCUGGCGAAGAUCGACAACUGAAUUGUGCUAGUUUUAGUUUUAUUGAUUCUGAUUCUGUUUAGUUUAAAUUAGUACAUAUUGUAGUGAAUGAACAUUUGUGAUUGUGUAAUACGCUGCUAUGUUGUGAGAUGGGGUUACUGAUGUUAGCUAUGCAUUUCUUAUUAUAAAUUUGUUACAGAAAAAUUGUGUUCUUCAUUUAUAAAUCCCAGUUUUGUUCAAAUAUUUCAUCAUUCACACAUAACCUAAAAAUGUCACUAUGCUGUGCUUGUUCUCUUUAACAUAACCUAUUUUCAUAUCUAAAACCAUUUGACACAGUUAUAUACCAGGAACAAUGUAGAAAUUACCUCAUACUGAAUAACUGAUAUGUACCUAAUUAGAAUCUGAUAAGCAAUAGUUAACAUCAAGUGAUAACCUUGGAAUCCAAUUGGAAUUCAUUUUACUAAGUUCAUUAACCUCUUGAUUGAGUAAAAUUACUUAACUGCA